UGGGGCUCGAUCCCAUAACGCCGGGAUCACGCCCUGAGCGAAGGCAGACGCUUAACCGCUGUGCCACCCAGGCGCCCCAGAAAUACAUACUUUAUUCAUGUUUUUAUCUCCUGGGCCUUGUACAGAGCCAGGUACAUAGUAAGUGUCCACUAAUUAUUUGUUAAAAUGACAGAAGAAGAUCUAAAUCUAUAACAUCAAGAUAAUAAUCAACUUACCAGCUGUUUCCCUAAACACAAAUAAAACUCAUCCCAGUAUCCCCCCCAUGGCAGUGGCAGUUGUUACUUUAGAGAAAUCCGUUUGACCAGUUGAACAGAAAGAUUCUUUGUGUAUCUGGUGACUGAUAAAAGAAUCUGAUUAUUACAGGGCGCCUGGGUGGCUCAGUCAGUUAAGCAUCCAACUGUUGGUUUCAGCUUAGGUCACGAUCUCAGGGUCUCGGGAUUGAACUCCACAUCGGGCUCUGCACUCCGUGUGGAGUCUGCUGGAGAUUAUCUCCCUCCUCUUCUCCCUCUGCUCCUCUCCUGCUUGUGCAUGCAUGCGUGCUUUCUCUCUAAAACAAAUAAAUAAAACCUUUAAAAAAAAAGAAUUUGAUUAUCCCUAAGAAGUGGUAGGAUUUAAUUAACUGAUUAGUUCAAAUAGAUUUGAAUGGUUGCGUAGAUUAGAUAAUGGCUUAGAUCAGUGAUUCUCAAACUUGGCUGCACAUUUGAGUCACCCAGGCAACUAUUUAAAAGAAACAAAAGCCUGGUGCAUCCCCAUAAAAUUAAGUCAGAAACUCUCAAAGAAGGAUGGUAUGGGACCCAAGUGUCAUAAUUUAUAAAUAUACCUGGCAUUUCCAGUGUUCAGUUAGGGCUGAAAACCACUGGUUUAGAUAAAGGUUUGAGUGAGUUAUCACAAGUGGAGGUUAAGGGAAAUUAGCAUGACAUGAAACUAAUUGCAGGCUUUUUUUGUAUUUUAUAUAAUCCUAAAAUGGGAGAGUUGUUGGACUGGACCUUAGAUACCUAUGUAAAGUAGAGGCUGUACUGUAGUUGUUUUUUUUAAUAAGAUCUGAUUGAAAAUUUAUUGGUGGCCAGCAUUUCCUGCUUUCUUAGGCAACCUGAUGUAUUUCCAGGUGUCAUAUGAUUGUAAUAUUGAUUUGUAAUUGAUUUCUUUGUGACUGCAUACAUUACUCCUAAUUCUGCCCUCUAGAGCAAAUCAAAAUAAAUAUUCCUGUUCCACAGGACCUGUAAACAUGUGAAAAACAUUCUCUUUCUUCCAUAAAUUAAUUUCUUUUAUAGUUUAUCAUCCCUUAUUUCAGCCUUUAUUCAUGUGACAUUGAAAGUAAGUUCCAGGAAAGGUUAAGAAACCUCCUAAGUAUUGGAGCGAGGCCUUGAACCUGGACGGUCUGGCUGCAGAAUCCAUGUUAUUAGCCGCAGUUGGAAAUAUGCACUUGGGGUUGAGGAACAAGGUUGGGAUAGAAGACAGAGUGGUCUAUUCACCCUAGCUGAAACACAGUUCUGUUGUGUGCCUGGCAGGGGGAUAGACAGUGGGGAUAAAACAAGUAGGUACACUGUGUGUUCUGAAAGUGCCCAGGGGGGCGUUGAAAGUGGAGAUCGAGAGAGGCAGCAAGGGGAAACCUACUUUAAAGUUUAUCAUUGUGUAAAUUAUUAGAGAAGUCUGAGAACCAAGAUAUACAGAGGGAAGCUAGGUGAGGAAAGAAACAAAGUAAGGAGUUUAAAGAACAAAUCAAAAGGCCAACAAGUGUCCUCUGUAAUAGAUGUGAAUGGUGAGAACCGUUUUAGUGGCGUGGCAGCGCAGAAGCCAUACUGCUUUUAUUCGUGUAAAUUUGCAUAGAACUGAGAUGGAAAUCCGUAAGAUCUCCAGAAGACAAAGAUUCAAAAGAACUGUAAAUAUAAACAUGGGAAAUAUUCAAGCCCAGUAUUCAACAGGUGGAAAUUAAAAAUACAAUCUAAAUUUAAAACAACUUAAAAAUGAAAUGUUUAUAGACUUCUGUUUCUGGCCAACAUGGAAUAACAGGGACAACGGCAACAACAACAAGAGCAAACAGACAGACAAAAUGCAUGAGACAAAACAGAUGAAACAGUCGUUCUAAGACCCCAUAUCACAUGACAAAGGACAGUCAUCCCUGGAAUAUGGAAAAUCAACGAGUAAAGCUGUUUAGAAAAAGCAAAAUGAAGACAUUGUCAGACUUAAAAAGCUGAAAGAAUUCAUUACCAGCAGACCCACAUUGCAGGAAAUUUUAAGAGAUGGCCUUCAGGGAGAAAGGAAAUGAAACCAAGUGGAAAUCUGGAUCUACAGGAAAGAAUGAAAAGCAGUGGCAAUGGUAACUACGUAGGUAAAUAUAUGAUAUUUUUCCUUAUUAUUAAAGUAUCUUUAACAGAUAAUUGGUCAUGUAUUGGUUUCCUAUUGCUGUGUAACAAACCAUCACAAACUUAGUAGCUUCAGACAGCACCCACUUCCUAGCUCACUGUUCUGUAGGUGGAAGUCUGACCCACUCUGGCUGGGUUUUCUGCUCAGAUAUCCAACAACUUCUUUCAAGGUAUUGGCUGGCCUGGGUUCUCAUUUGGAGGCUCCGAUUGUUGGCAGAAUUCAGUUACUUGUGGCUAUAGGAAUAUGAUAGGACUGGCUGUCAGUUGGGUGUUGCUCUUAGCUCCCAGAGACUGCCCCCAUUCCUUGCCGUGUGACACCGUCCACAUCCGGUAAUGGCAUAUCCCAUGUUUCUUGUGCUUCCAAUCUCUGACUGCCCUUCUCUGAUCAGCUGGAGAAAAUACUUUUUUUCUUGUCUGUAAAGUAAGGGUGUUAGAUCAAGGCAGGUUUUGUGUCUUGUUUGUUUUCCUCAAAAAAGAGGAUUUGUAGCAGCAGAACCAUUAAAUUGCAAAUGAAAUUUUGCAUGGAACUGUAGAGACUAAGGGGAAAAUGGCCAUCUACGUAGUUCUUCCUACUUCUGGGAAUUUCAGACAUUGUAGAUGUAUUUUUGGACUAUCUCUGAUGUUCAUCUUUGUAUGGUAGGUGUUUGCAUUAUACCCAUCCAGGUGUGAGGGAGUCUAGUUGAUGAUUUAUGAAACCUCCCUCUCACAGAGACUUUCCUCAUGUUUCUUUCUUUUUCUCCAGCUUCAUCUUCUCAGGAUCUCCAUUACUCAAAAAAGUAUCAUCAAGAACAAGGAGGGCAUGGAAGCCAAGUCGCUAACUGCCGGGUCCCAUACAAUGGUGACCUUCAAUGAUAUACUUGUGGACUUCACCAGGGAGGAGUGGAAGCUGCUGGACACUGCUCAGCAGAUCAUGUACAAGGAUGUGAUGCUGGAGAAUUAUAAGAACCUGGUUUCCUUGGGGCAUCAGCUUCCCAAGCCAGAUGUGAUCCUCCAGUUGGAGAAAGGGGAAGAGCCAUGGCUGGUGGAGAGAGGGAUUCACCGGGAGACCCAUGCAGAUUUGGAGACUACAGUUGAAAUUAAAUCAUCAAUUUCCAGUAAGAACAUUUCUAAAAAUAAACAAUCCUAUGGCAUUAAAAUGGAAGGAAUUGCAAAGAAUGAUCUCUGGUAUUUGUCAUUAGAAGAAGUCUGGAAAUGUGAAGACCAGUUGGACAAGUAUCAGGAAAACCAGGAGAGACAUUUGAGGCAAGUGGCAUUCACCCAAAAGAAAGUACUUACUCAGGAGAGAGUCUGUGAAAAUGGUAAAUAUGGGGGAAACUGUCUUCUUCCUACUCAGCUGGUACUGAGAGAGUAUUUCCAUAAACAUGACUCACAUACUAAAAGUUUAAAACAUAAUUUAGUGUUUAGUGGUCAUCAGCAAAGUUAUGCAAGUAGCAGUGAAUGUGGUCCAACCUUCUGUCAAAACAUUCACCUUAUUCAGUUUGCAAGAACCCAGCCAGGAGAUAAGUCCUACAAAUGCCCUGAUCCUGUUAACUCUCUCACCGGUGGUGCAUCCCUUGGUAUGUCUAAGGGUUUACAUAGGGAGAAACCCUAUGAAUGUAAGGAGUGUGGGAAAUUCUUCAGCUGGCGCUCUAAUCUUACCAGGCACCGGCUUAUUCAUACUGGAGAAAAACCCUAUGAGUGUAAAGAAUGUGGAAAAUCUUUCAGCCGGAGUUCUCACCUCAUUGGACAUCAGAAGACUCAUACUGGUGAAGAACCCUAUGAAUGUAAAGAGUGUGGAAAGUCCUUCAGCUGGUUCUCUCACCUUGUCACCCAUCAGAGAACUCAUACAGGAGACAAACUGUAUACAUGUAGCCAGUGUGGGAAAUCUUUUGUUCACAGCUCCAGGCUUAUUAGGCACCAGAGAACUCAUACUGGAGAGAAACCCUAUGAAUGUCCUGAGUGUGGGAAGUCUUUCAGACAGAGCACACAUCUCAUUCUGCAUCAGAGAACUCACGUGAGAGUGAGGCCCUAUGAAUGUAAUGAGUGUGGGAAGUCUUAUAGCCAGAGAUCUCACCUUGUGGUGCACCACAGAACUCACACCGGACUGAAGCCCUUUGAGUGUAAAGACUGUGGAAAAUGCUUCAGUCGAAGCUCUCACCUGUUCUCCCAUCAGAGAACCCACACUGGAGAGAAACCUUAUGAAUGCCACGAUUGCGGGAAAUCCUUCAGCCAGAGUUCUGCCCUCAUUGUGCAUCAGAGAAUUCAUACUGGAGAGAAGCCAUAUGAAUGUUGCCAGUGUGGAAAAGCCUUCAUCCGGAAGAAUGACCUUAUUAAGCAUCAGAGGGUUCAUGUUGGGGAAGAGACCUAUAAGUGUAGUCAGUGUGGGAUUAUCUUCAGCCAGAACUCUCCACUGAUCGUACAUCAAAUAGCCCACACCGGAGAGCAGUUCUCAACAUGUAACCAGUGUGGGACUGCACUCGUCAGUAGCCCUAACCUUAUUCGAUACCAGACUAAUCAUAUUAGAGGAAAUACUUAUUAACAUACGGAAUGUGGAGAGUUCUGUACAAAGAGCAAUAACUUUACUUUGCAUUGGAAACUCCUCCUGGAGAGAAGCUCUGUAGAUGUUAUUUGUGCAGAAAUGUGUUCAGUCUUGUUACUACCCUUUUGUGCAGUAGGGAACUGGUCCUAGAAGGGGAAAUAUCCCACAGAGUUCAUUGUAGGAUACAAAUACAUCAGCUUUUCUUUCCACAAAUUUCUACAAAAGUAGUCGUCCUUGGCGCAUUCUUGACUAACCCUUAAAAUGCUAAAAUCUGAGAAGGAAACAUUGAGUAGGGGAGUUGUUGAGAGAUUAUCCAACUUUGUUACCUUCUUCAAAAAGAUAAAUCAAUGAGAGUUGCAACUGCAAAGAAUAAAGAAUUGAUACAGUUACUGUAAGAAAAGUGGAAAAUAAUAUUCCAGUGAAUUAAUAUGCCUUUUUUUUUAACUUAAUUGUUCUCUUCUGGGACAUUUAGUAGUUUUUACUGUUUUAUGUGUCUGAUUUAAACCACAUUUUGGUUAGCAGCAGGGAAAAUGCUUAUAACGUAAAGCAGAAAAAGAACAAAUUUACUAAUAAUGGUACUUAUUUUAAAUAUAUUUGCAUGUGGGCAAGAAUUGAAAAAGUAUCUAUGGAUAAAUGACCAGAAAUGAUUUGUUAGGUAAUGGGAUUGAGUGAUUUUUAUAGUUUAUUCCAUGUUACUCGGAUAUCCAGCCUCUCUAUUCUAUCAUCAAGGUUGCUCAAGAACCAUCUAGUAGCAGACUUUCCCAUUCUGUGUUGUUUUGGGUCGUAGUUAGAGUUGCACUCUUUGAGACAGGGUGCUAGAGGCUCCUGGGAAUUUAGAAACAGUGAUUCUUGGACAUUGGGAUCCAGAGGAAGAUUAGGUGUCUGAGCACACCAGGGGGGGGGUCCCCAUUUGAGUGGGUGCAGGUACUUGGGCCAUACUUAGAGCAACUAUGCUCAUGAAAUGAACAGCGCUGCCCAAAGCCACCCUCCUUCCAAGGUAGUCCUUUAUCUUUAUAACGGGAAUGUAGUGGUUAAAUGCAUAAGCUUGAGCUAGAUUACCCGAGUUGAAAUUCCACCUCUGUCCUUAACUUGCUGAGUGAACCUGGCCACGCUGCCUAACCUCUCAGUGCCUAACUUGCAGACAUCCGCUUCUGUAAAUUAGGGGUGUUACUUACCUUGUAGGACUGUGGUGGGUAUUAAGUGAGUAAACACAUAAACAGCUUAGAAUAGUGCCUGGUGUAUAUUAAGUGCUUUAUCAUUGCUAGCUGUGGUGAUUGGUGUUACUGUUGUUGCCCACCUUAAACCUGCCUGAGUGUGAGGAAGAGCUCAUGGGGCUCUUGCUUCCCUCCCAGCCACGUUUCCCUCUUACCUCCAUCAGCACUUAGCCUGAGGAAAUCACUGCCCGUAGUGGGUGUAUAGACUCAUUUCUGAGGAUCACUAAACAACUUUUAGUAUUGUAUGCAAAAUCGUCUUGUUUGUACAGAGGUUUUCUCUUCUAGGGAGAGGAGCCUAAUCUUCAGAUUCUGUGGUGAGUUCAUGCCCCCAAAAAGAGUUAGCAGGAGAACCUGUUAUAAUUCUCUCUUUCAUUCUAUAAAUGGAUCUCAUGUGUGGGAUAUCUCCUGUGUGCUAGCCGUUAUCUGCCAUUUGCUAGCAAACAAGAUACAUGUUAGACACUUAAUGAUCGAUGGUUGAAUGAUAAACAUUUUGGAGACCAAGAGGACAAAGAUCUUGAUGUGUCUCUCACAGGACAAAUCUAGAAAUGAUUGCUAGUGUCAUGAGACUUGGGAGCCGCAGGGAACAUAAGACCAUCUAACUUGUACUUUUCAUCAUACAGUUGAGAUAAGGUGAGUUGGCGCAGGUCUCACAUUUUCAGUGAAGUCAGACCCAGAACUAGAUCUCCUGUCCCUCGGUUACUGCUGCUCUCCUCGGUGCAUAUAUACCAGUGACAUGUAUAACAUACUCCUGUCAGAGGUAGUUUUCAUGAUAAGCAGCAGUUCUCUGUGGAGUGGAAGAGUAGCCCCUUACCUUGGCCUCUUAGAGUUUCUGAUAACCUACGGCUCAAAUUUUCCUCAGCUGUAUAAUGGAGGUACUCUAGGACCUACCUCAGAGGGUUGUUGUGUGGAUUAAGUGAGAUAAUGUGUAUAAAGUAUUUAAAACAGUGCCUGGCACACUCUAUGUGUUAGCUACUACUAAUAUUACUAAUACUAACACACUAAGGAAUGUAGGAAGAGAGAAAUGUCUAUGGAUGAUCACUAGAACAUUACUUAUAAUGGUGCAGAAUUUUCAGUGUAAAAUGUAUAAUAGCAAAAUGGUUAUUUAUAGCAUAUCCAUGUCGUGGAAUAUUAUGCAGACAUUAAAAUUAUGCAAACAGUUUGUUAACAAGAAAAAUGUUGAUGCUGUCAUGUGUUGAAGAAAGCAUGAUAAAUAAUUGUUAAUAUGGAGUAAACUCAGAUAUAUAAAAAUAAAUGAAUUAUAAAUAAAUGAAAUGAAUCUUGCUCAAAACUCUUAAGGAAAUUUGUCAAAAGAUUAAUAACAGUUAACCUGCUUUCUCUUCUUUCUCCUUCUUUCCUUUCUUUCUUUUUUGUACUUUUCUACUUUUUCCAAAGUCUCCUCAACAAAUAUAUAUUACUUUUAGGAUCCGUCUCUUCAGUAAGGGAAUAUUUUCUCUCCCAGAGUUUUCAUAUACAAGUAAACUACUAGAAUCUCAAUGAGGGAAUUUGACAGCAGGUAACUCAGCGGUUGCUGGUGGUUUGGGAUGGGAGAGCAACUGACAGCAAAAGGGGCCGCAAGGGAACCAUUGAGGGUGAUCUGUGUCUAGAUUGUUGGUGGUUCCAUGACUGUACUUGUCUGCUAAACUCAUUAGACUAUACAUGUGAAGUGGAUCCAUUUUGUUGUGUGUAAG